AAGCCACACCCCUAGGCCUCCACUGGUUUUACCCGCACUUUUCAGGCUGAGCCAAUCAAACCCCACCGCUUCUUCUGGACCCACCCCAGCCUCAUCCACAGUUCUGCUUUUUCCUCUAGCUCCAACCCCUUCUUCCAGUUUAACAAUAACUCACAACCUCCAGACCAACUCCCAAUCCCUUCCAAAGCUGGCAUUUCCCAUCCCCGGGUGGACAGAAUCAGCCUUCACCUUGCAGAGCCUCCCGGGCUACCCAAACCCCAGCACUGGAGGCCGAGGCCCCGCCCCUUCCGCCGUUCGCCCCCCGGGAGCCACAGGCAGACGCGUGGUUCUGCGCGUGCGCGAGACGCCGUCUUGUCACCUUGCGUCUGCGGCAGCCAUGUCACCUUGCGUCUCUGUGCGCAUCUGAAGUAAAUUUUUGCCUCAGUUUGUAACCUGGCCUCACCCCGUCCAUCUCCCAGGGCCUGAAGGCAGAGGGGUGGGCCUGGGGGUCAGUGAUCACAGGGCUCUUUCUCGGCGCUCCCCGCCCGGAUCCUCUCGGCCUCCUUUCCCUGCGGUCUCCUGUGAGCCUCGUCAGCGCCGCCCGCGGCCCCCUCCACCCGACCACUGCCUCGGGGACUCGGGCGCGACCCGAGCGGGGGAGCAGGCUCAAACCGGAGGGCCGCUGUCGUAUUUAAUUAGUCUCCAAACGCAUGCUGUGGUCUCCGUGCAGAAAGGGAAGGCAUCUCUGCUUUGGAGCCAGGGGACGAGAGUCUCCAUGCCGCUGUCGCUGCGCGGGUCCCCGGAUUUCUGCACGCUGGGGUACAUGGAGAAAGCAAGAAGAGCUGCUGGGUUACAGAAAACUAUGAUACAGGACUUAGUGACCUUUGAAGAUGUGGCAGUAUACUUUACCAAAGAGGAAUGGGCUUUGCUGGAUCUUAUUCAGAGGGACCUCUACAGAGAUGUGAUGCUAGAAACCUUCCAGAACCUGGCCUCACUAGGGUACCAGCUACCCACACCUCAUCUGAUCUCCCAGUGGAAACAAGAGGAGGACCUGCUGAGAGAAAAGGGAGGACUUAUCCAGGACACUUGUAUGGAGGAGCAAAAGGAAGUUUCAGGUUUUGAAACUGAACUCAAUACUAAUGAAUUAGUUGCUCUUCAAGAUAUUGAUGGAGAAAAAAUAUCCAUGGAACAGAAAAUAGUAAGAUUCAAAAGAACUGGUUCCUGUUCCUUUGUUUUACAUGAAAAUUUGGAACCCCAUGAUGUUGAUGAGCAGAAUGGAAGCUGUAAGAGACAUGUGAGUCACAUGGUGGAGAACGUCUAUGAAGAUCAGUGUGAACAAAUUCCAAAUCUUAAUGUGCUCAGGAGAACUACUGAAGUAAAAUCCUAUGAAUGUCAUGAGUGUGGAAAGGCCUUCAUGUUUCAUUCAUCUCUUAAGAAUCACAUCAAAUCUCAUACUGGAAGCAAACCCUACCAAUGUCAGGAAUGCGGGAAAGCCUUCCAUUUUCUUGCUUGUUUUAAGAAGCAUAUAAAGACACCCACUGAAGAGAAGCCCUAUGAAUGUAAGGAAUGUACUAAGGUCUUCAGGUGUUCCUCAUUUUUCAGGGCACAUAUGAAGAUUCACAGUGGAAAGACAAACUAUGAAUGCAAAGAAUGUAGGAAAACUUUCAGUACUUCUUCAUAUCUCACAGAACAUAAACGAAUUCAUAGUGGAGAUAAGCCUUAUGAGUGUAAAGAAUGUGGGAAGACCUUUAGUUGUUCAUCAUCACUGUCCAAGCACAAAAGAAUUCAUAGUGGGGAUAAGCCAUAUGAAUGUAAGGAAUGUGGGAAGGCCUUUAGUUCUUCCUCUCACCUUAUAAUACAUAUCAGAAUUCACACUGGAGAGAAGCCUUAUGAAUGUAAAGAGUGUGGGAAGGCCUUCAGUGAGUCCUCAAAACUCACUGUACAUGUGAGAACACACACUGGUGAGAAACCCUAUAAAUGUAAGGAAUGUGGAAAAGCCUACAAUUGCCCUUCCUCCUUGAGUGUCCAUAUGAGAAAACACACUGGAGAGAAACCGUAUGAAUGUCUAGAAUGUGGGAAAACCUUCUAUCUUCCCACUUCCCUGAAUACACAUGUAAAAAAUCAAAGCAGAGAGAAACCCUAUGAGUGUAAGGAAUGUGGGAAGGCCUUCAGUUGUCCCUCAUCCUUUAAAGCACAUGUGAGAGAUCAUGCUGGAAAGGUUCAAUAUGAGUGUAAGGAAUGUGGGAAGGUCUUUAGUCGUUCCUCAUCCCUCACAGAGCAUUUGAGAACUCACAGUGGAGAGAAGCCUUAUCAAUGUAAGGAAUGUGGGAAAGCCUAUAUUAGUUCCUCCCAUCUUACUGUUCAUAGAAGAACUCAUACUGGAGAGAAACCUUAUGAAUGUAAGAAGUGUGGGAAAGCCUUUAUUUAUUUUUCAGCCCUUAGAAUCCACAUGAGAACACACACUGGGGAAAAACCAUAUGAAUGUAAGGAAUGUGGGAAGGCAUUUCGACAUUCUUCAUACCUUACUGUCCAUGCAAGAAUGCACACUGGAGAAAAGCCCUUUGAAUGUGUGAAAUGUGGAAAAGCCUUCAGUUGCCCCUCAUCUUUUCGAAGACAUGUGAGAAGCCACACAGGAGAGAAACCGUAUGAAUGCAAGGAAUGUGGGAAAGCCUUUAUCUGUCCAGCUUACUUUCGAAGACAUGUGAAAAUCCAUGCUAGAGAAAAUAUAUGAACAUAAGGAAUAUGGGACUAUGCAAGGAUUUUCCUAAUCUUAGGUAACUUGUGAAGUCUCAUACCAGAGACACCCAAUGAAUGUAAGAAAGUAGGAGGUGGUCACUCAUUCUUUCAAAGACUUGAAGUCACAUAUGUGAAACCCUGUGUAUGUAAACCAUAUGGUAAAACCUUCUUGAACAUCAUUUCACUUAUUGCAUAUAAGAAAAUUCGUGAUAGAAGGGAUCACUUCCUCAUUUUCAAAGCAGUCUGCUGACUCAGUGAUUUUUACUGUUUUGAAAUGACAUUAAAGGUGAUAAAUUUACCUUUUCAGGUUUAGCUAGAUACUUUUUAGUAUGAGAUGUGUUUCACAUAUAAGUGUUACUUACACAUAUAAGUGUUACUUACAUGUGUAAUGCUUAUAACCACAUAUAUGUGGUAACACAUAUAUCAUGUAUAAGUGUUACUUACAGUUUUAUAAAGCUUUUUAGACUUACGGGUUAUUUGAAAUGGAUACAGUGAGUCCUUGACUUGCAAGCAUUUGAAUUGUGAACGUUUAUAACUGUAUAAGACUCACUUUGUUGGCCUACAAAUUAAUCCAACUUAAGAGCAAUUCUGCUGGAAUAGAACUUGUUUGUAAGUCAGGGACUUACUGUAUGUAUUUGGAGACAGGUUGUUGCUGGUCUUGAACUCCUGGGCUCAAGUAAU